AUGGCACCUCGCGCUCCUAUGCGGGUUUCAGGUGCAUUGAACGGUAUUCAGUAUCAGGACGUCACUCCUUUGCUAGGGAGAGACUAUCCAAAUCUUCAAUUAUCGAGUAUCGUCAGUGACGAUGCGAAGGUCAGGGAUCUCGCUAUCACAGCCUCUGAGCGUGGUGUUCUCUUCUUUCAUAAUCAAUGCAUACCAGUAUCCGGUUUUAAAAUCCUAAUGCAAAAGCUUGGCGAGUUGACGGGCAAACCUACGACCUCAAAGCUACACAAGCAUGAAUUUGCCAGUGAAAAUAAUUGUCAUCUGGGUAUUCCUGAGUCAAUGGAUCCGGAGGUCUAUACAGUUUCCAAUUUUAACAACGACAAGUUCUUCGAUAGCUUCCUUAACCCGUCCGAUAUGAAAUUUGCUAGCCGGAGUUGGCAUGCCGAUGAAUCAUUCGAACAUGUUCCUGCAGACUACACAGGAUUUAAGAUGAUUAAAUGUCCCAAGACGGGUGGGGAUACUGUCUGGGCAUCAGCAUACGCUGCAUAUGAGCGAAUGUCAGAGCCCUGGCAGAAAUUCGCAGAGGGCCUUACGGCUUCCCAUGGCGACUCGACCAGUGCCGACUCGUUAAACAAGAAAGGCUUGAAGUUCCGGGCCGAGGAGCGAGGCUCGCCGGAGAACGUCGGUACCGAACUGGAAGCCGUGCAUCGUGUUGUGCAGACGAAUCCAGUUACUGGGUGGAAGUCACUUUACGGUCUGGGCUACCAAGUUUCGUUCGGCGGGAUUAACGGAGUCACCGAUUAUGAGAACCAGAUUAUGCAGGCAUACUUCCUUCGCCUGAUUGCCGACAACCACGACCUUCAAAUUCGACACAAAUGGAAGCCGUAUGAUGUUGCUAUUUGGGACAACCGCUCUGUAUUUCAUAACGUCACAAACGACUUUGUUGGGGAGCGGCUUGCUCUCCGCGUCGUAUCCAUUGGUAACAAGCCCUACUUGGACCCUAAUUCCACUACACGUAGUGCUGCAUUGAGACUUCGAGAUAAAGGUGGAGCGAAUGGCCAGGAUGAAUACUGA